AUGUGGUGGAUUCGUCGUCCUCAGGGGCCUCUCAGCCGGAAUCGCAUACUACUUAAUACCAGCCUUCCCAGGUCAUCUCGUUCUUCUCUUUUUUCUUUUUCUCAUAUCGCAUUGUCUUCUUUGAACCUCUCCACUCCUCAAGCAACUGGCAUUCGUUGCAAGGGUACUUUGACUACUUCCAACUCCAUCAUGGCUCGCUUUCCUCCGUCUGCGCAACAAAGCCGGCCGGUGCACGCGACUUCCCACAUGGGUCAACCGGUUCCUGCUGAGGGAAGCUAUGACACCGCCAAUCCCUCGUACAUUCGCAAAUAUCUCCGUACCUACGGUCUCACUCCUCCGCGCGCAGAGUCAUACGAGACCCAGAAGACAAGAUGCCUGGCUCAAUUGGCUCUGAAGACCACUCCCAUCGACAAAUUCCUCUACCUGAGCACUCUUCGCAAGAACAACGUCCACCUCUUCUACCGUCUCGUCUCAGAUCACCUUAGAGAAUUGACUCCUCUAAUCUACACUCCUGUCGUUGGUGAGGCUUGUCAACGAUGGUCUGAGAUCUACCAGCAGCCUGAAGGUAUGUACCUGAGUUGGGAAGACCGUGGUAAUCUCGCGGCCGUCAUUGCCAAUUGGCCCCAGCCCAACGUGGAGAUUACCUGUAUUACCGAUGGUUCUCGUAUUCUGGGCCUCGGUGAUCUGGGUAUCAAUGGUAUGGGUAUUCCGAUUGGCAAGCUGGCCCUCUACACUGCAUGUGCUGGUAUCCGGCCCGAGGCUACUCUGCCUUUGACCCUGGACCUUGGCACCAGCAACAAGGCUCUCCGGGAAGACCCGUUGUACAUGGGUAGCCGUCACGACAAGGUUACCCCGGAAGAGGAACGGGAAUUCAUGGAUGAACUGAUGGCCGCUCUGACUGAGCGUUGGCCGGGUAUUGUGAUCCAAUUCGAAGACUUUAAGAACCCCUUCCCCGCUUUGGAGCGUUACCGUGACACUUACACGUGCUUCAACGAUGAUAUUCAGGGCACUGGUGCCGUCAUCCUCGGUGGUGUCAUCAACGCGGUCAAGCGCUCUGGUCUUCCCUGCAAGGACCACCGUGCCGUCUUCUUCGGUGCGGGCAGUGCUGGUGUUGGUGUUGCCAAGCAGAUCGUCGACUUCUUCGUGCGUGAGGGCAUGACUGAGGAUGAGGCCCGCGCGUGCUUCUACUUGGUCGACACUAAGGGUCUGGUCACCACCGACCGGGGUGACAAACUGGCCGACCACAAGGUCUACUUUGCCCGCACAGACAACCAGGGCGAGCAAUUUAAGACUCUCGAGGAGGUGGUUGAGCACGUCAAGCCUACCAUCCUCAUGGGUCUGUCCACCAUCGGCGGUGUCUUCACACCCGAGAUCCUCCGCAAGAUGGCCGACUGGAACACCGCCCCCAUCAUCUUCCCUCUCUCCAAUCCCUCUUCCAAGUCCGAGUGCGACUUUGAGAGCGCUGUCACCAACACUGAUGGUCGCGCCCUCUUCGCCUCUGGUUCCCCCUUCCAACCUACCUCCUUCACCAACUCUGCCGGCGAGACCCGCACCCACUACCCCGGCCAGGGUAACAAUAUGUACGUGUUCCCAGGAAUUGGCAUGGGAACAAUCCUCUCCAAGGCCGUCAAGGUCACCGACACCAUGAUCUACGCUUCUGGUGAGGCCCUUUCUCAGGCCCUGACUGCUGAGGAGAUCGAACGUGGUCUUCUGUACCCCGACAUCACCCGCAUCCGCGAGGUCAGUGUUGUGGUCGCCCGUAAGGUCAUCCGUGCUGCCCAGGAAGCCAAGGUCGACCGCGAGACCAACCUGCGCACCAUGAACGACGGGAGUCUGGACGCUUGGAUCAAGGCUCGCAUGUAUAACCCUCACACCGAGGUCCGCGCUCUGGAGAAAGAGGUUGGCGCUCUGCUGUCGAGUCUGGGCUCGUUCUCAGCUCUGAAUGGAUACGAUGAGAACGCUAAGCUGUAA